GCGAAAUUCUCAAUCCGCUGCGUGUGAGGAUGUAAACAGUUGAAAGAUCGGGAUUAAUCCGGUACAGUUUGCGCUGAAGUUUAGUCUCAGAGACCGAGCUGACAGAGGGUAGCCGUGGCUGUGCGGUGCCCGGUCUGAAAUAACUCUGGGGUUCAGUUUUUGUUGUGUUUUUGGUUUGUUUUAUCGAUGUCCGACCACAGUGAGCUGAGCGGCGGGGAGGAGGAGCUCAUGACCCCGGCAGAGCUCAUCAGCAGACUCGAGGAGGCUUGGCUUAAUGAGAAGUUUUCUCCAGAACUGUUGGAGAACAAGUCUGAGCUGGUGGAGUGUGUGAUGGAGCAGCUCACACACAUGGAGGAAAAUCUGCAGCGUGUGAGGAAAGGAGACCUGAAGGCCAGUGUUCACCGCAUGGAGAUCGACCGCAUCCGCUUCGUUCUCAGCAGCUUCCUGCGCUCCAGACUCAAGAAGAUCGAGAAGUUUUUCCCUCAUGUUUUGGAGAAGGAGAAGUCCCGUGCUGAUGGAGACCCCUCGUUUCUGUCUCCUGAAGAGUUCGCCUUCGCUAAAGAGUAUCUGGCAAACACAGAGGUUUACCUGCGAGCCGUGGCUCUGAAACACAUGCCACCAAACCUGCAGAGCGUCGACAUGAUGAAGGCUGUGCCUGAACCAUGUCUGGACUCGUUUGUCUUCCUGAGAGUGAAAGAGAAGCAGGAAAACAUCCUGGUGGAGCCUGAGACGGACGAACAGAGGGAGUACGUUGUGGAUCUGGACGAGGGUUCGCAGCACCUGAUGCGUUAUCGCACAAUAGCGCCUCUAGUGGCCAGCGGAGCAGUGCAGCUCAUUUAAACCUGAGCAGAAGAUGCCAUGGAGGAAGCAGAUCAUCCGUGUCUUAAAAACAUCCGAUCAGUGUCCUGACACCAUACAGAUCCAUAAGUAUCACCUUAUGUUUGAAUAUAAAAGAUUAAUGUACAUUAUAAAACUCACUUAAAGGGACAGUCCACAACAAAAAAAAGUCUUGCCAUUCACUUGUUCAAAACAUGUUGGAGUUUCUUCUGUUGAACACAAUCCUGAUAAGAUACACUGAAGAAUGCUGGGAAAAAACAGCCAUUGACUUUCAUAGUGUUUUUUGAUCCUACUAUGGGUGUCAAUGACUGCUUUUUUAUCUUCAGAAUAUCUUGUUUUGUGCUCAACAGAAGAAAAAAUCAUAAAAGUGUAGAGUAAACGGGUCAAUUUUGGGUGAACUGUCCCUUUAAGAGCAUUUUUACUGUGUUUUGUAUGUUAUAUAAACUAAAGCAUAUCUGCAUAUACACUCAGGUGUAGGACAGCAGUUGUAUAGUCUUGCGUUGUUGUGAUGAUAUUGCGAUAUUUCAUCACACACUGCCGGCUCUGCUGUCGCAGGCUGGUCGGAAACAGAAGCUGUGGUUUUUCUCUGUUAAAGGGAAGUUGUUGGUUCGGAUGGAUGAAGUCAUUCAGUGGUCACCGGGGUUUUGUUGGGGUGCUAGAAAUAAAAAUAAAUUAUUUAUGUUUCUA